AUGACAGAUUUCGAAGAAAAGGGGAACGCAUUUUUGAAUUGGCUUAAGGAUAAUGGCACUACAUUGAGUGAAAGUAUCGCUUUUAAAGAUUAUCGUUCUGAAAAUGCAGGUCGAGGGGUUGUUGCUACCAAAGAUAUUAAGGAAGGAGAACUCUUAUUUUCACUUCCUAGAACAAUUUUAUUAUCGCAAUAUACUACCUUUUUAAAUAAAACGGAAGGAAUAUCAGAAGACUUGGCCAAAUUAUCAGGCUGGAGUCCACUUAUUGUUUCAAUGAUGUAUGAAAGUCAAAAAAAGGACUCAUUCUGGAAACCUUAUUUUGACAUUUUACCUCGUAGUUUCUCUACACCUAUGUUUUGGGAUGAAAAUGAUUUAAAAGAACUGAAAGGCACAGACAUUAUUGCAAAAAUUGGUAAAUCUGAUGCCGAGGAGACUUUUAAAAAAGAAAUAAAACCAUUUAUGGAGAAAUAUCCUCACAUUUUUGAUGAAAAUGUGCAUAAUCUUGAAUUAUUCCAUAUCUGUGGCUCAUUGAUUAUGGCAUAUAGUUUUAUUGAUGAGCUUGAAAAAAGUGAAAGAGAAGAUGCAGAAGAAGAAAUGAGUAGUGAAGAAGAAGAUGAGGAAGAAGAGGGUGUAAUUGUGAUGGUUCCUAUGGCUGAUAUGUUAAACCAUAAAACAGGGUUUAAUAAUGCUCGCUUAUUUUAUGAAGCCGAUAGUUUACAAAUGAAGGCUAUUAAAAAUAUUAAAGAAGGAGAACAAAUUUUCAAUACAUACGGAGAUCUUUGUAAUGCAGAUUUACUUCGCAAAUAUGGAUUUACAGACGAAAACAAUCCAUUUGAUCUUGUUGAGUUAGACGGGCCUUUAGUUGUUAAAAAUUGUUGUACAAAUCAAGACGAAAAACUUAUUGAACAAAAGAUUGAUUUUUUGAUGGAAGAAGGGGUUUUAGAUGAAUGUUUCGUAAUUGAUACAGAGCAUGAAAUUCCGCUAGAACUUAUUGUUUCGGUUCAUGUUUUACGUUCAACUCAAAAUGAAUUUGAAAAGAUGCAAGAGAAACAGAAAUUACCAAAACCAAAAUUAACUAUAGAAGCUAAACAAAUAAUUGAAAAUAUUCUUAAACAAAGACUAGAAAGAUAUCCUACUAGCUUAGAGGUAUGA